CACCGAUAACUGUCGAUAGGCGGACAGAGAACCAGAUGAUUGCCCUCGCAAUAAUGUAAAAAAUAAAUAAUUAGCUGUUUCCAAAUAAUCCAAAUUCCAAAUUCCUUGCACUACGAUCUGCCGUGCGUGUGUGUGUCGCUGUGAGUGUGUCCGGGCAGUAUUGUGUCUCGCCCCCAAAACAACUACAACUGAAUAUUAAGCAAGAAAAGAGGAAAAGAAAAUCCCCAAACCGAAAAUCGAGUGAAAGUUUUCUCGUCUUUGUUUUGUAAUUGUGAUUUUCUUGCCUGCCAGCCCGCAUUACUGGCAAUAUUGGAUUGACGGCUAUAUCGACGCUGCUGCGGGCGCGGGUGGCUGACGGCGAUUAUAGCAAUACAAAUACCUAUAUAGCUAUUAUAGCGCUCGCGGGCCGAUUUCUUGGCCCUAUUGUGAUUGUGAUUGUGACAGUGUUAUAUAUUUAAAUCGAAUCGAAUCGCCGUCGCUGUCGCGUUUUCUGGGACUGCUGCAAAAGGCCUUGCGAAUUUCUGCGCCAGAGCAACUGCAUCACUCUGGCUGGCUCCGCACACAAAACGAUGUGCGAUACCAAAGACGAUGCGCAGAAAUGGAAAUGUGAAAUUUGCACCUACGAGAACUACCCAUCCUCGCUGAAAUGCACCAUGUGCCAGGCGUCGAAGCCGCUGCUCAACGAGGACAUCUUCCGUCUGAGUCCGGCCCAGGACAGCAGCUCUGUUGCGGAGGAGGCAGCUGCUGUUGAAGUGGCCGUAAUGUCGCCCACACCCUCGUCCACGUGCUACUCGCUCCAGCCGCAGAACCAGGCGCGGCAGAGCAACGUAGCGGACAGCGAAAAGUGGCCCUGCAAGGUGUGCACUUACCUCAACUGGCCGCGCAGUCUGCGAUGCAUCCAGUGCUGCACGAAGCGCGGAGGAGAGGCCAUCGAGAGGGGCAACAAGGACAACGAGGCGGAUGCGGAUCGUGCUGGAGAGGCACUGCAGGCACUUCGCAUCAGCGGAUCAGAAGAGAACCUGGCCAAAAAGCCGGCCCAGCUCAUCGGCGCCACGGCCUCCAAUCGCUUGAGCCUCAGUCCUGGCAUCGACGAUGCCACGCACCUAAACAAUCUCGCCAAUGCAUCCCACAACCAGUCGCAGUCCCAGCUACGACAGCCUGUCCACCAGCAGCAGAUGCAGCUCCAGCUGCAGCCCCAGCAACAACGGGAAUCCUCCUCCUCCGCCGCCGUCCCGCCGCCGCAGCAGAAGCAGUGCUAUGUGGCCAAGUGGGCGUGUAACUCGUGCACCUACGAGAACUGGCCGAGGAGCAUCAAGUGCUCCAUGUGCGGCAAGACGAGGGAGAUCAGUGGGUCGCAGAAUGACUUGCACGCCUCAUCCAGCUUAAACAGCCAGGAGGAGCAUCAGCAACAGCAACAGCAGCAAAACGUAGACACCGUCAGCGUCAACAACUCAUUCAAUAAGAAGCACAUUUACCAACUGGGUUCCUCGGAAACCAUCAACAACUGUGAUACGCUGCAAGAGCGGCAGGAGCGCCGCCAGCGUCAAAUCCGACGGCAGGUGGACUGGCAAUGGCUGAACGCCUGCCUGGGCGUCGUAGAGAACAACUACAGCGCCGUGGAGGCGUACCUCUCCUGCGGCGGCAAUCCCGCCCGCUCGCUGACCAGCACCGAGAUCGCCGCCCUCAACCGCAACUCGGCCUUCGACGUGGGCCACACACUGAUCCACCUGGCCAUUCGGUUCCAUCGCGAGGAGAUGCUGCCCAUGCUGCUGGCUCAGAUCUCCGGCUCAGGGCCGGGCAUCAAGCGUGUGCCGUCCUACGUGGCUCCCGACCUGGCGGCCGACAUCCGGCGCCACUUUGCCAACACCCUGCGCCUGCGCAAGUCCGGCCUCCCCUGCCACUAUGUGCAAAAGCACGCCACUUUCGCCCUCCCCGCCGAAAUUGAGGAGCUGCCAAUUCCCAUACAGGAGCAGCUCUACGAUGAGCUGCUCGAUCGCGACGCCCAGAAGCAACUGGAGACUCCGCCGCCGGCUCUGAACUGGUCGAUGGAGAUAACUGCUCGCCUCAGCUCCCGCAUGUUCGUCCUGUGGAACCGCAGCGCUGGCGACUGUCUCCUGGAUUCGGCCAUGCAGGCCACAUGGGGAGUCUUUGAUCGCGACAACAUCCUGAGGCGAGCACUCGCAGAUACUCUGCACCAGUGCGGGCACGUGUUUUUUACUCGCUGGAAAGAGUACGAGAUGCUGCAAGCUUCGAUGCUGCACUUCACGCUGGAAGACUCGCAAUUUGAGGAAGACUGGAGCACACUUCUCUCGCUGGCCAGCCAACCGGGCUCGUCCCUGGAGCAGCUUCACAUCUUUGCGCUGGCGCACAUCCUUCGACGUCCGAUCAUCGUGUACGGCGUCAAGUACGUAAAGAGUUUUCGGGGCGAGGACAUCGGUUAUGCGCGUUUCGAAGGUGUCUACUUGCCUUUGUUCUGGGAUCAAAACUUCUGCACCAAGUCACCCAUAGCACUGGGCUACACGCGCGGUCACUUCAGCGCCCUGGUGCCCAUGGAACCUUUCACCCGCAUCGAUGGGAGGCGCGACGAUGUGGAGGAUGUGACCUACCUGCCUCUGAUGGACUGCGAGCUGAAACUAUUGCCAAUACAUUUCCUCACGCAAUCAGAGGUGGGCAACGAGGAGUCGAUGAUGCGCCAGUGGCUGGAUGUGUGCGUAACCGAUGGAGGGCUGCUGGUGGCGCAGCAGAAGCUCAGCAAACGUCCAUUGUUGGUGGCCCAGAUGCUGGAGGAGUGGCUUAAUCACUACCGCCGCAUUGCACAAGUGAUAACGGCGCCCUUCAUUCGUCGCCCCCAAAUCACACACUACUCGAGUGAUGGCGACUCGGACGAGGAGUAGAUGCGGCACAUCCGACACCCAGCUUUAGAUUAGAUAUCUGCGCAUAUAAUUGAAUAUCCUUAUUUUGUAAUUUUGGCGAUCGGUAGCAGAUGACGUUGAGACGAGGAGAAUAAGUGCAGGUCCUACACAUUUGCACUCGCAGUUAGCUAAAGGAAACUAUAGAGAAUACAUAUGCAUAUAUUGCAAGCAGUUGAAAAGUUGUAGUUGUAACUAAAUUGAAAGCAAACUAAAGGUUAAGCAGCAAAGUACGAAAAUAGAUUGAUCGACGUAUGUAAAUCAUAUCCGUUCCCAAUUCAA